GUCACACUGCUAAGAUUAAAAAUUAAAACAACAAAUGGAUGAAAGCGAGCUAAUUAAGUUAAUAAAGAACUGCCCUAUCCUGUACGACAAGGACAGUACACGCAGCGCGAAAAAUGCAGCGCUGAAAGACGCAGCAUGGAAGACCAUAUCCCAGAAGAUUGGCGCCUCAGAGCGAGCCUGCAUCACACGUUGGAAGAGCAUUAGGGACCGCUUUGGAAAAGAGUUUCGUCGAUUCCAGGAAAACCCUGAAGUGCCUACUUACUGGGACAUGUUUCCGCACCUGCUGUUCCUCAAGGACCACUACAAGCACGGCCUGGUCAGGCACGAGAGUCUGGAGGGGAUUAAAUUUGAGCCCAAAGUGAGGAGGAAACGCAACUACAGAUUGUAUGCGGAACAUGAUAAAAAUCCUAAGGCCGAAGAGGAAGACUGCAAAGAUGAUAUACUAAGCGAGCUGAUUGAGCUGGUCAAAAUGCAUCCCGUUCUGUAUGACAAGGACCAGAUACGCAUUUCCAAGAACCUGUCUGCCAAAAAUGAGGCUUGGCGGGAAAUCUCGGAGAGGUUGAAUGUGUCUGAGGAGAUCUGCUUCAACCAUUGGAAGAAGUUGCGCGAACGAUUCGCGCGAGAGUACCGCAACCAGCAGAUUAAUCAAUCGACGCCCAUUACCUGGAAGCAUUUCAAUGAUCUGCUCUUCUUGGACAAGCAUUAUCGUAAGGGAGUUCCCCUGGUCAUAGAGAAUAUGAAGAAGCGAGGACGCCCACCAAAGGCGAGCAAUCAGACUGGCGUUCCCGACAAGCAGCCGACUAGCGUCGGCUUUGUGAAUGGGGAGCAGAUCUGGGGCGCCGACUACCCCUACAGCACAGAUAAUGAAGAGGAGGAUAACGAUCUCGAGCUGUCCUACGAUGAUCCGGACGAGAUUGAGUUGCAGGCGCAGCUCCAACACGAGCAGCAACGUCCCCCCGCGAUUAAGAGCCUGUUGGCCAAGGCUCAGAUGCUGCUGGACGGCCUCAGCCCGGAAGAUCGGUCGACUGCAGUGCGACAGAUAGGGCUGUUCGUUCAUCAGUGCCAGAUCAAGGCCCUGGCGGGGGAGGAGAUCGAGGAUCUGACUCCUUACCAAGUGUUUAAUUGUUAAGGUGAGUUCGGAAGUUUCUGAGGUUUAGAUUUAAGAGACAAUGCUUAUAUUUGCCAAUAUAAAGUUUAAUGGAGAUAUGAUAUCUCGAUAUAUUG